UUGGUGCAACUUUUCCCGUACGACGAAGGGGGCUCCACCUCCGCGUCGAUCGUUGCUAUUUGGGGGGUGCUCUAGCACCCUCAUUUUCAGUGGCAGGGGUUUAGUGUGAGUGUUUGUCCUGUGGUGAACGGGAGAACACGAAAACGCAAAAAAAGGACGAAUGAGGGUCGGUCGGUGGGCAGGUGUUAUGUCUUCCUCUUCCUUCCGUGGAGCUACGUGUAGUUCGCAGUUAGUGAAAAUUAGCAUGAUUCUCAGUGUAUUUAAUUGUUACUCCGCUGAAGUGUCCUGAAUGGAGAUUGUCUACUUCAGGUGGUCAUGAUAGUGCUGCGAACAAACUAGAACUAGACUGGAAAGCACAUUUCGAUGUGAACAGAAUAUUAUGUAAAUCUGUCUUCGUCGCGGGGAAGUGAACGGGAUCAACAAUUCAAUGCACCUGGAGGAAAGUUCAUUGCUACAAGGGUGAAGGAAGAAAUAAAAAAUGGUGGUCAAAACAAGUUUACUGACGGAUCUCUAGCGGAGUACUUUCGGAACUAGAUUAUCCUGUGCCAAGUGUUACUGUUUCUAAAACAACGAGGAUCUAGUCUCACAAAGCAGUAAGAGCAAACCAAAAAAAAAAAAAAUACAAGCGAAGCGAACCACUUCGACCAUUAUCUCUCGCGCGCGUCGAAGUUAAUCGAAAUAUGGAGCAAUGCAAUAACGAUCGCCCCUGUGUGAUCAGCAGCGGGAACUUCUUUCCGCAGUCGGCAUCGUCGCCGAACCACAAUAACAACCACAACGGCAGCAGCCACAAGCAGAAACAGCACCAGCACCCGCAGCACCACUCGUCACUCCAGCACUCCCCGCCACCGAUCAGUAGACAUCUGACUCAGAAGCAUGAUCCGAACCUGCACAGCCCAACCGAUCAGUCCUCGCUGGGUGAGAUCGAGGUGAUUCUGGUACAGCAGCACAAGCAGGACGCCCUGUCGGUGAUCAUCCAUCCGCAGGAGAGUAUGCAGCAGAUCAAUAUGUGCUUGAGCGGUUCCGGCAACCCCGGCUCGGUCGACUCGAUCAUGUCGUCGGACUUCCAAACUCUGUCGCCGAUGCACGAUCGCGAUUCGCCUGUGAGCAUCAGUGCGAACACGUCGUACGCCACGUUGACUCCGCUGCAGCCUUUGCCUCCAAUCUCAACCAUGUCGGACAAGUUUGCCUACUCCAUAGGGGGAAACAUCUGCGAGGCGUUCCCAGGAAUGAACAGCAGUUCCGUCGGUGUGAACAUCGAGAUCAAUUCCUGCUACAACCUGGAGAAGCUCGGAGUGAUUCAUUCACCCGUGCACAUCAAUUCGGUGCAGGAACUGUCACCGACCGACGUCCAUCACACGCUGGACAAGAAUCACGUCCUGAAGGAUACCAAGCUGGAUCACCACCUGUCGGACAAGGACGUCGAUGUGGUGGACGGGAAGAACGAAUGUAUCCUGGUACGUGCCUCUCCGAUUCCUUCGAAUCUCAGCUCAGUGGACGAUCGCUUUCUGACGUCGGCAGCGAAACCGGAUCUCAGCCGACAGAAGGACGACACCGACCAGUUCACAAGUACAGUGCAAUAUCUCGAUCAACCGAGUGACUCGGAUGUGAUCCACGGUGGUGGCUUAAAUGGACCCGGCGGGGCCGGAUCCGGCAUCAAGGACCAUCAUUCGACAGUGUUUCUCAACAAGUCUUUCAGUUCAAAAGCAAACAUAAGCGACCUUAAUCUGUGUAAAGAAAUUGUUAUAGAUGAUGUGUACGAGGAAUCCGAAUUGGAUGACAAGAAGUUGGAGGACUCGUUGACCGGUGGUCACCAUUCACUGUCCAACGGUGGCGGUGGAAAGAAUGGCGGUUGCGGAGGCGUUGGAUCGAUGAGUGACGUCGGUUGUCUGAACGGUGGCGAUGCGGAGGAAAUCAACACAAAGGAACUGGCACAUCGAAUCAGCUCGGAGCUGAAACGGUACAGCAUCCCGCAGGCCAUCUUUGCGCAGCGUGUGCUCUGCCGGUCACAAGGUACCCUGUCCGAUUUGCUGCGGAAUCCGAAACCGUGGUCGAAGCUCAAAUCCGGCCGGGAAACGUUCCGGCGCAUGUACAAAUGGAUCCAGGAGCCGGAGUACCAGCGGAUGUCGGCGCUCCGGUUGGCAGCAACCCAAUCGGCGAAACCAGUGAACGCAAAGAAGCACGAGGAACCGGAACCGAACGUCAUGAUGGGGCACACGAAAAAGCCCCGACUAGUCUUUACGGAUCUGCAGAGAAGGACACUUCAGGCGAUAUUCAAAGAAACUAAAAGACCUUCGAAGGAGAUGCAGGUGACGAUUGCCCGGCAGCUGGGUCUGGAACCGACGACGGUUGGAAAUUUCUUCAUGAACGCGCGGCGUCGCUCGAUGGACAAGUGGAAGGAUGACGCGAUGAAGGCGGCCGCCGCAGCGGCAGCGGCUGCGGCACGAAACGGCAGCGGUGGUGGCAGUAGUGAAACCCUCGGUCUCGGUAUGCUGGGCGGAGGCGGUAGUAAUAGUAGUAGCAACGACGAUAACCUUAUCCUGGAGCACCUGAAAGACGACUCGUCGGACGAAGCGCUCGGCUAUGACAGUUCGUUCGCGUCCGACGGCGGUCCAAUGGAACAUAACUAUCAGCAGCACGUUCUCAACUAAAAAGCAAAACGGUACUUUAAUUUAUUGAAACAAGCAACCAAAAGUAAGAACAAAAAAUAAGUGGGAAUACACACAAAGUAGAGCGAGAAACGGGGGAGCAGAACUUAAAUUAAUUCACACGCAAAAAAAAAACAAGUUAAGGAAAUGCAAACGCUAGAUAAAUAAAACAAACACAACAAUAUAAGAAACAAAAAAUAAACACACACACACAUAUAGUAGGAUUAAUCAGAGUAAUAAAGGAAAGAAAAUUACAAAAAACGUAGGUGUGUGGCUAUUCACGAAAGCUUGUGAGACAAAAAAAAAACAGAAGUACUCUUAAGGAUUAGUAGGUUUUCUUUGCAUUUUAAACCAAAUUUAAUUUAAUUUAAAUUAUUAACUGAAAAUGAAAACAAGUAAGAAAAAAUCUAGUCUGUUCUUUCGAAAAAAUAAGUACUAAGACAAAAACUGUACAUGUACUGUAAAGUUGAAACCUAUCAUUAAAUGAUUUGAAAAACAGAA